UUCGCUUCUCAACUCCAGCUUGUUGUACGUCCGGUCUUUUGGAACUCUACUGCCCUUCACAUCUAGGAGCUAGGCAGUGUGCCUCCGCGCUCUCCGCGGGACAGCGGAACCCUGGAGGAAGGGGCGGAUCGGGCGCGGUGUUUGGGGCGAAGCGGGGCGCGCGGCGCGCGGCGCUCGAAGCUCUCUCGGCGGGCUCCGCGGCUGGUGGAGACAGCACGGGCACCCCUCAGACCGCACCCCUCGCGCUAUAGAUAUCAUCUCUUCUUUUGAUCACUGUUCCUGAUUGUGGCAUUGUCCAACCAUUAAAUUGUGUGCCUUUUGUUCCUUGAAGAAAGAGGUGGUGCUAACAAUCUCCUACUCCAUCUGGUCUUUGGACCCAGCUCAGAGCUCUAGAUUCAUUUUCUUCCUCCUCAUACCUCCGCCUGAGUCUUUUGUCACCCAAAGGGUUCCUCCCGAUCUUCCAGGAAGCCUCACUUUCUCUCAAGAGACAGAGUCUCAAUUUAUUGCCCUUGGUAGAGUGCUGUGCCAUCACAGCUCACAGCAACCUCCAGCUCCUGGGCUUAGAUGAAGUAACUAAGACAGAGAUUGAGAUUUCUGUAAAGUAACAUUGACCAAUGAGGAAACUGAGGUGCAGAGAAGUUGAAGCUUUCCCAGUGUCACAUACCAGAGCUGGAAAUACAGCUUGCAUUUCCUGACUUCCAGAUUAGUGUUAUCUUUACUUCAAAACUUCUUGGUGAGUUAAUGUGGGAAAAAUCCUGUAUUCUGAAGAUGUCUCAGCCCAGUAUCAUUUCCUGUUUAAAUUACAGAUAACUUCAAGAAUUUUCAGAAAAAAGAAAUAGGGAUUUUUGGUUAAAUCAUGCCAUCUGAACAGAAACAGUUAUUCUGUGAUGAAAAGCAGACGACUUUAAACAAAGAUUAUGAUGUGAAAAGUGAGAUAAUUGAUACUAUCAUAUUAGACCCUAAACCAAAAAUUUUAGAAAGCAAUUUUCAUUACAAACUAAAAGAUGUGAAAAUUGAUUUGCCGAAGGUAAAUAUUCCAAAUGAAGUCCUGUCAAAACAUGAAGUUGAUAAGUACAGAAAAUUUUUUCUGUGUAAAUCACAGACAGCAAGAAAAUCUAUUAGUAUAAAGACUAUAAGUUGUGUAGAAGAAUGUAUGUUGCUUCAUAAGUCUGAGAGAGCUGAAGAAGAGGGUAUAAAAAUGUCUGCAAAAAUACUCAAUUUUAACUGUUUAAAAUGCCAAGACAACACUCGAUAUAGUCCAAAUGAUUUGCAGAAACACUUUCAAAUGUGGCACCAUGGUGAAUUACCUUCAUAUCCUUGUGAAAUGUGCAGUUUUUCGGCAAAUGAUUUCCAGGUAUUUAAACAACACAGACGAACCCAUAGAAGCACUUUAGUAAAAUGCGACAUUUGUAGCAAUGAGAGUGUAUAUACUUUAUUGGAAUUGACAAAACAUUUUGCAUCCACACAUUGUGUUAAUGGUAAUUUUCAAUGUGAAAAGUGUAAAUUCUCCACCCAGGAUGUUGGCACGUUUGUUCAGCACAUUCAUAGGCAUAAUGAAAUUCAUUAUAAAUGUGAUAAAUGCCAUCAUGUAUGUUAUACCAAAGGAGAACUUCAGAAGCACCUUUAUGUUCAUUCUGGUACUUUGCCCUUCACUUGUCAAUAUUGUAGCUAUGGUGCCACCAGAAGAGAACACCUUGUAAGACACGUUAUAACUUUGCACAAAGAACAUCUAUAUGCAAAAGAAAAACUAGAGAAAGACAAAUAUGAAAAAAGGAUGGCUAAGACUUCAGGACUUAAGCUAAUACUGAAGAGAUAUAAAAUAGGUGCUUCAAGGAAGACAUUCUGGAAACGUAAGAAAAUUAACAAUGGAAGUGACAGAAGUAUAGAAAAAAACACUCAAGGACUUAAAAAAAUGAACAAAACACAGACUAAAUCAGAAGACCAGAGCCAUCUCGUUCAAAAGCAUUUGAGCGAAGACAAGGAGGAAAGACUACACUGUGUGAAUAAUGAUAAGCCCCCUGUAUCAGAGUCAGAGAAGCCAACUCUUCUGUCGCCAGGGCAGUGUAACAGAGCUGAAGAGGGAUCAAAUGCUACUUCCGGUUUCCUGAAGACUGCUGUACAAGGACCUACAGUGUUGAUGGUGAAAAAUAAUAAAAUAGCAAUUCCUGCUAACUACAGUCCUAAGUUUAUGGGCUUCAAGAUGGUGGAUGGAAAACAGCACAUUGUAAUAAAAUUGUUGCCUAUCAAUAAACAGAAUUUACAUUCACCAGUCUCACAGUCAGGUGCUACAAAGGAGAGUACUGCUGAUUUGCAGCCCCAGACUUUGGACACCACUGGGCUUUUAACAGGAGUAACAACUGAGUUAAGUAACCCAGCUUAUAUGAAAACAGCUACUCCAUUUUCAUGUUCAUCUCCUGUACUUCUGGGAAAAAUAGUGUCAGAAAGAGAAAUGGCUUUGAUAUGUCAAAGGAAUAAUAUGCGUCAAACAUUGGAUUAUGAAAAAAGUGUCUCUUCUUUGCCAACAUCAGAAUUGAUUCCAUCAGUGAAUUUGACCACAAAAGUUGAAACAAGAGAUAAUGUUGACUUGUGGGGAAAUCAUAUCACUCAGAGUCACCCUGAGCUAUUAAAUACCACCAUUAAAAGCCCAGAUAAAGUCAACCAUACUACCAAACCAGUUGCAUACAACAGUGGAGAUAUGCAUAACUAUUGCAUUAAUUAUGUAAAUUCUGAGUUACCUGUUGAAUCCUCCAGCCAAGGAUCAUUACCUUUUCAUAAUUACUCAAAAGUGAACAAUUUUAAUAAACAUCCUAGGUUUUCAGGAACAGUAACUUGUGACAGCCCUCAAAGAGAAUCUUCAUCAAGCAAAACAGCACUGCAACAACCAAUUAGCGAAUCAGUUUUAUCACUAGUGAGGAAGGAGAGCUCAAAACCAGAUAGCCUGUUAUCGUCUAUUAGCCUUUUAAAUGAUAAAGAUGGAACUUUAAAAACUAAAGUUGAAACUGAAGAACAGUGUGUUUUAGGAAAAGAACAAAACAUUGAACAAAACCUGUACAGUAAUGAAAAUCAAAAUUUAGAAAGUGUGAUUGAAAAAUCUAAAUGGGAUGACAUUUCUAGUGUUGAUUCACCAAUGAUGCCUAGAAUCACAUCUGUUUUCUCUCUCCAGAGCCAACAGGCAUCAGAAUUUCUGCCACCUGAAAUAAACCAAUUACUUCAAGAUGUAUUGAAAAUAAAAUCUGAUGUAAAACAAGAUUCUAGUAACACUCCACAUAAAGACCUCCCACUUAAUUGUCACCAGUCAUUUCAAAGACAGGAGGGAGAAGGCAAAAUAGCUGAAUCUUCGAAAGACUUAAAAGUGCAAGAUGUCUUCCCAGUUUCACCUCACAGUGUGAGUGUUAAUGUGCCCACAAGUGACCUGAAUUUAAAAUGUAAUGGAAAAGAAAAACAAGUGUUAUCAGUAUCACAAGAUGUGAAAGACUCAGAGAAGACACCUAGAAUUUCAGGUUUUGGCACAUUACUUAAAACUCAAUCAGAUGCAAUAAUAACACAGCAGCUUGUAAAAGACAAACUACGAGCCACUACACAAAAUCUAGGCUCUUUCUAUAUGCAGAGCCCAUUUCUAAAUUCAGAACCAAGAAAAACUUUCUUUGUUCAGACUCCAAAAGGAUUUUUUGUGCCAUUGCAUGUUGCUAACAAGCCUGGAUUACACGUUGUUUCAGGAAGACCACUUCCAUUGGUUAGUAUGCAAGGUGUACCUGCUUCUCUUAUUUUAAACAAGAAACCUGGGGUGAUUUUUGCAUUUAAUAGUAAGAAAGUUGAAGAUGUUUCCACUGUCAAAACUGAGAGUCCUCAAGCUUGUGGAACUGUGACUAUGGAGCCUUGCAAAACACCUUUUUUAAAGGUAGAACCAAACAAUAAUUGUCUCACACCUGCACUUUGUUCCAGCAUUGGCAAUUGUUUGAAUGUGAAAAAUAGCUCAGAAAACCCUUUGUCAUUAAAAGGCCCUUAUAUUAUUAAAACAUCAGCAGGUUCUGCAGUGAAAGCUAUUCCUACUCCUAAUAUGCUAUCUGAGCAUCAGGGCACUAAGUUGAAUAUCUUGGAUUCAGUGAAACAGCAGAAUGAGAUUUUUCCAAAACCACCUCUUUAUACACUCUUGCCUGGUGGCAAACAAGCUGUUUUUUUAAAGUGUGUGAUGCCAAAUACAACUGAGCUGCUUAAGCCUAAAUUAGUCCAAAAUAGUACUUACUAUCAAAAUAUACAGCCAAAGAAACCUGAAGGAACACCACAAAGAAUAUUGCUGAAAAUUUUUAACCCUGUUUUAAAUGUGACUGCUGCUAAUAAUUUGUCAGUAAGCAACUCUGCAUCCUCAUUGCAGAAAGACAAUGUCCCAUCUAAUCAGACUAUAGGAGGAGAGCAGAAAGAGCCAGAAUCUUCUAAAGAUGCCUUAUCCUUCUUACAAGAUGAUUUGAUGCCAGCAAAUGAAAUUGUGAUAACUUCUACAGCAACAUGCCCAGAAUCAUCUGGGGAACAAGUACGUGUCAGUGACUGUCCAGAGACCAGAGUUUUAAGAUGUAAAACAAAUUCUACACUGGACAGAAACUUUAAUAGAAAAAAGGCUUCUAAAAAAAAUUUUUCAAGAGUAAAAACUCGUUUAAGGAGUAAGGAUUCUGAAGUUACCUUUUUAUCUAGAAAUAGAAACUAUAAACGAAAGUGUAGGAAUAGUUACCAAGAACCUCCAGUGAAAAAACCAAGAUUGCAUAGAAAAUGUAAAGAAAAGUCUAAACCUGAAGAUGGCCAUGGAACAUUUGGAUUUAGCAGACCUAGACUUCCAAAAGAUUCAGUCAGAACUUUGCGGCUUUUUCCUUUUAGUUCCAACCAGCUUGUGAAAUGCCCUAGGAGAAAUCAACCAGUUGUAGUUUUGAAUCAUCCUGAUGUAGAUGCACCAGAAGUCGUAAAUGUAAUGAAAACUAUUGCUAAAUUUAAUGGACGUGUACUUAAGGUUUCACUGUCACAAAGAACUAUCAAUGCUUUACUGAAUCCAGUUUGUUCUAACCCUUCCAAAGCAACAUAUGAUUAUUUUUCCAAGAGACACAAAACUUUUAAACCUGUUAGUUCUGUGAAAGAAAGGUUUGUGCUAAAAUUAACACUCAAGAAGACAAGUAAAAACAAUUACCAGAUUGUGAAGACUACCUCUGAAAAUAUUUUGAAGGCUAAAUUCAACUGUUGGUUUUGUGGUAGAAUAUUUGACAAUCAGGAUAUUUGGGCUGGUCAUGGGCAGAGACAUUUAAUGGAAGCUACUCGAGAUUGGAAUAUGUUAGAAUGAUUUACUGUAAUUACUAAGAAAAAGAAAAGUAAAAUUACCUUAGAAGAAAACAAUUGGUUUAAUUACCAUAAUGCAGACAUUUUCUACUUCAGUAUAGUAUCUGAAAUAUUUUGAAAGUUUGUUAUAUUUCUCUGGAAGAGCAAAAGUUUUUAUGUGUGAUAUUUGAAAGUGUUUAUCACUGCCUGCACACAUAAGUUUGAAAAGAAACUAAUCACAGCACAGAUGUACCUUGAUUUAAUUUUUUUUUAACGUGCUCUUGGGAAGUUAGGGCUAAAGAAAAUUUUGAUAAAACAAUUUUCCCAAUUCUUUAUCAUGACUCUUUAAGGAGAGGGUAAUGACUGAUAACCCCCCCUUCUUCUACCAGCCUUAGGAAUCUGAUGAAUAUAGUUCCUCCAAAGAUGGAGAGCUCUUUCACAGUGAAAAUGGAGUUUCUCGUUAUUUGUGAAGAUAAGAGAGUUUGGAUAAAGAAGUUAACUCUGCAUGUGCUAAAUACAGUUCUUUUGGAGGGUAUUGGGCUCCCUUGAAAGUACGUGUAACUCUCUACAGUUACACCUCAUAUAAUGCUUGAAGAGUUUUUGGCAAGGAAAUCAUUUUACCUGUAGAAAUUGGAACACCCUCCCAAGAUGAUUUUCUCUUUCUAAAUAGCUAUGUCAAGUGUUGUAGUAUAUGGGCAGUCUUGAAAAGAAUUUAAACUCUGUCUCAUUUAAAGUCCAGUUGUAAACUUGAACCAUAUUUCUGAAUUUGAUUAUAUUCUCCUGUCAUCCCUUGCACAAAACUAUGUUUAUCUGAUUUAAAUUAUCCGUCAUAAACCAAAUAGCCAGUUUUUUUUCUUGGUUGCCAUCCCUUUAAAAAGAAUGGAAAAUAGAAGCACUUCCAAGGGAAUGGCUUUUCUUGAAAACUAAAAAUUUUCUUUUCUUUCUUUCUUUUUUUUUUUUUUGUUUUUGUUUUUGUUUUUGUUGCAGUUUGGCAGGGGCUGGGUUCAAACCUGCCACCCUCAAUAUAUGGGGCUGGUGCCCUACUCACUGAGCCACAGGCACUGCCCAAAACUAAAAGUUUUUCUACUGAAACAAUGUUUUGAAGCAAAUGAUAUUUUUGUCCGUAUUUACUAUUAUUGUUUGAACCUGUCCAAAUUAGUACAAACAAUUUUGGUUUGCAAAUUUCUGUAUGAUGGACAACCCAAAGGAAAUACAUACUGAUUGCUGGCAUUUGAAAAUGGGGAAAUAUUAGUAGUGCAGCCAGUGACAGAGGAUAAAACUUUAGGACAGCUUCCUAAGGGACAGGCCUAACAGAGUUUCAAAAUGGAUGUUUCCAUGACAAUAGAAUCAUAGAUUUAAACUUUUCACCUUGUAAGUUUGUAUCAAAUUUUGUUGGAUUGUUGGAUAAUGGAGUUCUUGUAUUACAAAAAUUUAAACUACAUGAUUUUGUUACGUGUUACUAUUAAGUAUUAAUGACAUUUUCAUUGAUUGGAUAAAAACUUCAGGGCUUAUUUUCUGUAUAUAACAGAAAUUAAAUCUGUACAUAUUUUUGUACCUUUAUGUAAAUUUUGCACAGAUAGUUUUUUGAUAAAAAAUCCUUUCUCUUUUCAGUUUAGUUCUGUGCAUGCACUAAUAAAACUGGUUGUUUAAUUUAAAAGGAAUAUAUAAGACUUUACUUAUGUUAUUUUCUUGGUUUUCAUUUCAGAUGUAGGAUUCCUUUUUUUUUUUUAGGUAAAUUCAUUUUUCAGGGAUUGAACACUAUUGUUAGCAAGUGCCUAAAAAAGAUGUGAAACAGUUUACAAUAUGUCAACUGUAACAGUAGGUCCCAAAUGGGUCCAUUCCCCUAAUAGUUUUAUUUUAAAGAAAGCCAUACAUAGAUGCUUCAAGCUAUCUUGCUAUGCACAUUAUACUUGUACUGUUUUUGUGCAGUUUGUCUACUUUCUUAGUGAAGUAUUUUUUGUAUAAAAUGUUUCAAUUGUGUUUCUAAAUUGAGCCUAUGAAUGGAGUUAAUUUGAGAUAUACAGUAUAUAUUAAUAAUGUAUAUGGUGUUUAAAGACUGGUAAGCCUUGUUAAUUUCUGUAAUGAACAUUUUCUUCAAUUAAAAUUAUCUUAAGUUUGUGUUUA